AUGACUGGAACUGAAGGAAUUGCAAUAGUUAUUGCUAAGUUGGAGUUUCCAAAAGCGCCCGUGCCUUGGAAACCAGAGCCCAUUAAACCAUCAACCACGAUACAAAGAUCUGGAGGUUUCUGUUGUUCACGAUUAUGCUUCAUUAUUUCGGGUUUAUUGUUGCUGUUAUUAGUGGGAGAUGGAAUUGCAGCUGGACUUUUGAUUUUAAGAAAGCCAGGUAAUGAGCAAGUUUUAACACUACAACGACCACAACCACGGCUGCAACGAUCAACACGACAACGACCGACACGACGACUAUCAACACGACAACGGUCGACACGACAACUACCAGUACGACAACGACCGAUACGACAACGAUCGACACGACAACUACCAGCACGACAACGACAGUCACGACAACAACCAGUACGACAACGGUAG